GAGAAGUUAGAGUUUGCUGUCAAGGAGAUUAUUAUUGACCGGCUCGGGGUGAACGGUCUACAGAAAACCUUGUUUAUGCCUGAGAGAAUGAACAUUGGCCUAUGCGCGUUUCUGCUCAUUGCUUACGGUCUACAGCAGAAAGCCGGUGCCCCACCAAUGCCCCAACAGUGCAUCGGUGGUGGCACUUCCGGUGUUGCCGGAGCUGCUGGCGGACUGCGUCAGACCGUUAUCAAACGGUCGUUUCACGGAACCAAUUUGAACGAUGCGCUGGGACAUAACCUAGGAAUUCAGAACUAUCUGGUCCCGGUACGACGCGCGUUCGAGUCGAUUUUGCGUCAACUCGACACACAAGUGUGUCGUGUUAUGAUGCUACCAAAACAGGAAGUGUCCCAGAAGGAAGUAGAGGAACUGAUGACGUGA